AUGCUGUCCUCGAGUACAAGUCGAACCGCUUAUAGAUUUUUACCAAGGUCACUUAUUAUUUUUUCCCUCUUUGUCGUGACGCUGGCCAUCAUAGUCCGCAUCUCCCUCCUCUCAGUUCACCUUGCCCCACUUCCACGUCUUCUAUCAACAACAACGAAGAUGGCAAACACAUAUGAGAAGGAGCGCCUGGUCGCCGAGCUUGCUGUUACAAGAGCUGCAAUUCUCACCAAGAAAGUCUUCCACGAGAAGGCGAAGGGAACCCUCAACAAGGACGACAAAUCCCCCGUCACCAUUGGCGACUUCGGCGCCCAAGCUCUUAUUAUUCAGGCAAUCAAGCAUGCCUUCCCCGAAGACCAGGUUGUAGGAGAGGAGGAGGCGAGCUCGUUGAGGGAGGAUAUCAAGCUACGGGACCAGAUUUGGGAGCUUGUCAACAGCACACGGUUAGACGAUGCCGAAGCCGAGAAGCUCAUCGGUGGGCCGAUCCCGACUGUAGAGGCUAUGCUCGACGCCAUUGAUGCUGGCAACAGCACUGGAGGUGAUAAGGGAAGGAUAUGGGCACUGGACCCAAUCGACGGAACAAAGGGCUUCCUUAGAGGUGGACAAUACGCCGUCUGCCUCGGGUUCAUGGUCGAUGGAGAUGUCAAAGUGGGAGUUCUGGGCUGCCCGAACCUGCCCACCGACGACUCCGCACCUCUGAUACAAGAUGCUGGAAAGGAUCAGACAGACUCGGAGGGCAAGGGUGUCCUUUUCUCGGGUGUCCUGGGUCAAGGUGCGACCAGCCGACCCCUCACUGCCGGUGCGCUAGCAAAGAGCCAGCCGAUCCGCAUGAGCGAGAAGAAGGACAUCACCGAUGCCACUUUCUGCGAGAGUGUUGAGGCUGGCCACUCAUCUCACGACGACCAAUCUCAGAUCGCCCAGAAGCUGCAGAUCAGCAAGCCGAGCGUGCGGAUGGAUUCGCAGGCCAAGUAUGCCUCGAUCGCCCGUGGCGCUGGGGAUAUUUACCUGAGACUUCCAACCAGCGCAACGUACCAAGAGAAGAUCUGGGAUCACGCUGCUGGAGACCUGAUUGUUCGAGAGGCGGGAGGACAGGUUACGGAUUCACUAGGCAGACGUCUGGAUUUCAGCAAGGGUAGAACUUUGGCUGAGAAUAAGGGUGUCGUUGCCGCACCACAGGCUCUACACGCACGAGUCCUUGAGGUUGUCAAGGAGGUCCUUGGCAAGAAGGGAAACCUAUAG